AAGCUGCAAACUACAGAGGGCACCAACCUAGCUGACCUCAGAUCAGACGCAUCCGCCGCCCCCCUCUCAAUCAUCACACGGCACCGCGACACGACACCGUCCAGAUCACAGAAGGAAACGCUUGUUAGGGAGAAAUCAGAGGUGCAGGACUGCAGAGAGAGGAAGAGUGGAGAGAGAGAGAGAGAGAGAGAGAGAGAGAGAGAGAGAGAGAGAGAGAGAGAGAGAGAGGUCAGGGUGAAGACAUUUGGAAGCUCAUCACAUCAGCUCGGGUUACGGCGGCGUGCACCCCCGGGGACGGCCGAGAGGAAACAAAUUAGCGCCGGCACUAAAGAAGACGCCAAACAGGACGUGUCAACAAGACCCGCAGGAGGAGAGCUGAAGAGAGAGAGAGAGAGAGAGAGAGAAAAGAGCAAAAAGAGAGGAAGAAAGAGAGAGAAAAGAGAAGAGGAAGGAAGAAGACCAAAUCAACAUCUCAUCUGGAUCAAGACACGGCCGAAGCAGCAGCAGUUGACUGUCUGACUCUUGCGCAGGUGUGUGUGUGUGUGUGUGUGUGUGUAGUGCAGCUCCAGCAUGUUGUCUGUGGCCACUCUGCUGUGUGUGUCCUGCCUGCUCACGGCGACGCAGGGUCAGGAGCGGGCGUCCAUGUGGAGGGGGAACGACCGCGGCGGCCGCUGCCAGUACAGCUUCACCGUCAGCAGCCCCACCGAGGCCAGCUGCCCCACCCAGGCCGGAGGUCCCGAGAUGGACACGCUCAAGUCCAGGCUGAGCCUGCUGGAGGUGAUGGUGACCCGACUGGCCGGCGGAGCGGCAGCAUCAGGCGGACCCGGCGCCGACGUCGUCGUCCAGCAGCAGCAGCAGCAGCAGCAGAAGCUCCAGGAGGCGCACAGCCAGGCGAUGAGGGAGAAAGCGCAGCUCCAGCGGGAGAGGGACGGCCUGGACAGGCAGGUGCAGGACCUCCAGAGGAGGCUGGAGGAGACGCGGCAGGAGGCCGAGAGGCUGAGGAGCCGACCCUGCGUCCAGACGCCUCCGGCGGCCGGCUCUCCGCAGCAGGACAGCGGCCUCCGACCUGCAGGAGGUCCCAAUGUGCUGUCUCACCUUGUGCCCAGUGGGCAGACUGGCAGUCUUAGAGACCCAUCCUGGCAUUAUGGAUCCCCGGGGUAUCAAGAGCUCAAGGCAGAGGUGACUGAGGUACCUGUGCCUACAGCAGCAUACAUGGAGGUCGGCACAGGUUGUGGGGAGCUGGUGGCCAUCGGGGAGCCCGAGACCCACCGCAAGGCCGACACCAUCGCGGGCAAGUACGGCGUGUGGAUGCAGGACCCCGAGCCGGUGGCGCCGUACGGGGCCAGCAUGGUGUGGCGCAUCGACACGGUGGGCUCCGAGGUGAAGCAGCUGUUCGGCUACGAGAACAUGGAGCAGCUGGCGCGCGGCUACCCCACCAAGGUGCUGCUGCUGCCCGAGGCCGUGGAGAGCACGGGCGCCACCAUGUACCGCGGCUCGCUCUACUACCAGCGGCGCCGCAGCCGCACCCUGAUGCGCUACGACCUGUCCACGGAGAGCGUGGCCGCGCGCCUGGACCUGCCCCACGCCGGCUUCCACGGCCAGUUCCCCUACUCGUGGGGCGGCUACACCGACAUCGACCUGGCCGUGGACGAGCAGGGCCUCUGGGCCAUCUACAGCACCAACAAGGCCAAGGGGGCCAUCGUCAUCGCCAAGCUGAACCCCCACAGCCUGGAGGUGCUCAAGACCUGGGAGACCAACAUCCGCAAGGCCAAGGCGGCCAACGCCUUCAUGAUCUGUGGCCGACUCUACACGGUGGCCAGUUACAUAGCGGCGGAGACCACCAUCAACUACACCUACGACACGGCCACCAGCCAGGGGAAGGCUCUGUCAGUGCCGCUGAUGAACAAGUACGGCUACAACAGCAUGAUAGACUACAACCCGGUACAGAGGAAGCUGUUUGCCUGGGACAACUUCCACAUCGUAUCCUACGACGUCCGACUGGGCAGGCAGCAGUAGAGGGCAUGAAUCUCCCAAUGACAGGUCACAACAUUGGGACAGUAGUGUGUGCAGCAGGCAUAAUGUACAGCAAUACGCCCUGAAUACUUACAGCACACCAUACCCAAAACGUCACAUAUCAUUACAGACCAAGUAUGUCACAAAAUACAUACUAAAAUAUAUAUUAAGUAGUAUUGAUAAUAUGAGAUAAAUAUGAGUAUUUAAAUAACAAAGACCAAAUUUAAAUCUAACAAAGGAUACAUUACUGAUUUCAAGUCAGCCCCAGGAUGAAUAUUUCUACAGCACACCUGCUGGAUAGCUACGCUUGUGAGAGUGUGUUGUGUACUAAAGUACCCCUUUGUGAGUAGGGCCUACUAUGUUAGUCGGGUGUCCGGUUUGUAUGCUAAUACAGUAUGUUUGUUUUUGAAAGUGUAUAGUAGUGAGUGUGGCGCCCUCUGCAGGCGGUUUGUGUCAGUGGGAAUUUUUAUUUUUUCUCUCAGUGGCACGGUCCACAUAAAGUAUUUUCAAGAAAACAAAAAUAUUUUUCUACUUUUGCUUGUAAAUCUUUUGUGUUGUUUAUGUUUUCUUAUGUGGCACUGAAAAGGGAUUUGAGAGGGUAAGGAACAAAACACAUCUCAUUUCUUUCUUUUAAAAAGACAUGUCCUAAAGAUAAAUAAAAUGUGUCAUUGUAGUGGAAAACAUACACCAAUAUCUGGCAAGAAAAAAGGUUGGAAGCUAGUGUCUAAUGUCCCAUCACACAAAAAUAAAUGGUAGCUUCUUCCCCUCUCAAAUCCUGCAAAAAUGUUUAUAUUAUGAUAAUCUAUCAAUAGUCAUGGUGAGUGCUUUAUGCCUCUUGUUGUAUUUCAAGCAUAAAUUAUGUACAAAUGCCUUAAAUAAAGAUGAUCAUUACCAUGCCAACAAAGACUCUGUGUAUAU